AUGGAAACUUUCAAAACACCAGGGUUGACUCCGAAGACUGUCUAUCCGACCCAGUACAUCCAGGGCAUCGAGGCUUUGAAGUACGUGCUCCAUCUUGGCCAUAAGCCUUCGAAUAUCAUCCUCGGUGGCGACUCGGCCGGAGGCAACAUAUGUCUGGCCAUCAUCUCCCAAGCUCUGCACCCAUCCAGCACGCUGCCACAGCUCGACUUGCCCUCGCCCUUGGCGGGCGUCUUCUUGAUCUGCCCUUGGUCCAGCUUCCAGUCGUCGUCACGCUCUUACCGCGAGAAUGCGGGAACUGACGUCGUCCUCGCAUCACAGAUGCACCAAUGGGCCAAGUUAUUCCUACCGCAGGCCGGCUUGGACAGCGCUAUCGUACAUCGCAGCUUGGUUGAACCCGUAACCGCCGAUGCCGAGUGGUGGAAAAACUUCUCAGCACAGCAGGUCUUGAUCGUGGGCGGAGACAAGGAGGUCUUUCGAGACGACCUCAUCGAACUGGGGAAACAGCUGGCCGACGCCUCCGUCCCGGCCACCACGGUCAUCUGUGAGAAGCAGAUCCAUAUCGAGUGCAUUCUGGACAGCCAAUACGGCUUUACGGCGGGCAAGAUGUCCACUACCAUCUGGGACUGGUUGGCACGUCUGGGCCCGUGA